AGAAAGAGACAGUUCCAUUUUUUAUGCAGGCAGAUUGCACAGUGACUUCACAGACGGGGGCCAAAGCCUUCAAAAUCCCCCUGUCCAUACGUCAGCGGAUAUGCACCACCUUCGAUACUGCCAACGCCAAGGGCAAGGACUGGCAGCUCUUAGCUCAGAAACUCCACGUUCAAAGGAACCUGUCCUACUUUACCAAGCAGAAGAGUCCCUCUGCUGUCAUUCUCAGUCUCUGGGAGGCCAGGCAUCAGGACAGUGGAGAUCUUGACUCCCUUGCAAGUGCUUUGGAGGAGAUCGGAAAGAUCCACUGUAAAAGUCUGCCUCAGAGUCCAGAUGACAAAGAAACAGACUUUACGUUUUGAGGGACUACUGAAGACAACAUGUACUCCACCAGGUGCAAUUCCCCAGCAUCUUUAAUUUAAAGUCCAAGCGCAGCCAGCUGAGGCAUAUCCAGUCUGACAGAAGACUUAGACAAGAUGCGACCAAUCAGAAGGUUUCACAUAUCUGUACAUGUGCGAAGGAAGGAUGAGUUGGUAUGAAUUUGGCACAGAUUUAACAGCUUCAAAAUGCUUUUCUAAAAGUGCCAAGCCAUCACAACUUUCAUAAAAUUCCGCCUUAGCCUUUCCUUGGUAUUUAUGAUUUUAUUAUUGUUAGUAUUAUUAUUAUUAUUGUGUG